UCCUCGAAACAGGUGCUAUUUGUUGGCGGGGUUACCAAGCUGUUUCAUUGCCCUGUUAGGGUUUUAUGAUAAAUGGUUUAGCGGUUUGUUGACAAAGGUAGAGUGCUGUUGAAUCUUGUGCGUCUAAUGCAGUGUGCUAACUUAGCUAUGUUAACGUCUGUCUUGUGCACCGUAAGGUCGUAGCGGUUAUCUAGCUUGGUAGGGCCGUGAGCUUUUGGUCGCUACUGGUGACCGGAGUGGUCAUUCGUUAAGACAUCGCCCUGCAAGUAUGGCUGGUUAUUAGUUCCUCAGGAUUACUGUUGGUUGGGCGAAGGAAAUAGUUUAUAUAGGUAGUAAUAGCCAACUGGCUAUAUAAAUUUGCUAGCUGGGUAGUUCAGUCGAUGUUAAUGAGGACACUAGCUAGCUAGUUAGCUAGCUAUUAAUUGUAAGUAUAGACUAGGUAGCUUAUCGUAGGUGAAGUGUUAACCUUGUUUUAGCUAACCUAGCUAGCGUUUCCGUUAGCUUGUUGCUAGUCCUGCUCAGGGCGAUGGAGCUCCUUCCGAUUCUCGACCCAGAGGUCAAACCUCGAGAAAAACAAUGGUAUGUCCUGGUCCCUCGAGGGAACGGUCCAGGCGUUACCGUUGGGCACACAUGCACAUACGUGCCGUCAGGUAGGAAGGGAAGAAUUGUGAUUGUAGGAGGUGCCAAUCCCAAUGGCAGCUUUGCAGACUCCUACUUCAUAAAUCUUGAGAGUCAUGAGUGGGACAUUGCAGAUUGGCAGGGUCUGCUAGCAAGAUAUGAACUGUGUAGCUUUACAUCCCAGAGCGACCCAGAGAGCCUGUGGGUGUUUGCUGGUGCAGACCAGAGCAGCAACCGAAACUCACUCCAGGUCAUAUGUACCACAGACAGUGGUCCUUGGAGAACAGUGGCGGUGAAGGGGGAACCGCCCAGCCCCCGGACAUACCACACUAACUCGGCAUGUGUUGGGGACAGACUCUUCGUGUUCUCGGGUGGAGAAGCAGGGGCCACACCAGUCACUGACCCCCAGGUGCACGUCUUUGACACAGUGACGUGUGCGUGGUCACAGCCAGAGACCCAGGGAAGACCCCCAUCCCCAAGGCAUGGACAUGCAGUCGUAGCUGUGGGAUCAGUCAUCUAUGUCCACGGAGGAAUGGCAGGAGAGAAGUUUCACAAUGACAUGUUUACGCUGGACACUGAGGUUAUGAAAUGGGAGCGGGUGAAGGGUAAAGGAGACAUCCCUGCAGGGACAGCGGCUCACUCAGCUGUGGCCCUGGGGAGGAACAUUUACAUCUUUGGGGGGAUGAUGGCAGCGGGGGCGACCAAUUCCAUGUACAAGUUCCAGUGUGACAAACAUCGCUGGACUCUGAUGAAAUUUGAAGGUGACUCUCCGCCCAAUCGUCUGGACCAUUCAAUGUGUGUGGUGCCAUGGUCAGAAAGGGCUGGAGGCAGUGAAGAAGAAAUAGCAGAGAGCAGUACAAAAGAGGCGAAGCAUCUCUGCUUUGUGUUUGGAGGAAUGGAUACUCAGGGAGUCCUGUUCAAUGACUGUCUGGUCACUGUGCUAACAUGAUCCAUGUGCCUUCUUACUCUUAUCUUUGUUUUAUAAAGUCACUUAUUAAAGAGUAAUGAUUUGUUUCAGUAAACAAGAAUGCAGUUAGAAGACUUACUUUUGAAGUAGAUUUCUUUGGCUAGUUAACAUACAAAUAUAUAGAUCACUCACAGGGGGGGGGUGUGUAUAUGUAAAAGGACACUGCCCUCAAAGCAGUGUUCUCUAUCAUACAAGUUUACACAAACUAGUGGGAUAUUUAGCCCACAAGUUCUGCAAGAAGCAAAUUUUCAGGUAUUUUGAGGGAAGAAAUCAGGAAGGAGUUGAAAAUCUACUUUUCUGUGUUCCAGAACUUUCCAUUUGAAGUACAAAAUGUUUAGAACAAAUUGAGCAAAUGGUUGUGUUCAUGUAUGGAAGUAUUGUCAUCUUAGCAUAUGGAAAUGUCAUGAGACCAUUUGUACCAUGGGCUCCUGGUCCUAUGAAAUAGCUUGAUAUUCCUAUAGCAUGCAUUGCAGUCAUGAUUUCCAUCAACUGGCUGCCCAAACCAGCAUGGAAUCACCUCCAUGCUUAGCAGUUCAUACCCCACUGUGGAUAGAGGAAUUUUCUCCAAUCAUGUUUAUUCCACAUCCUCAUGUAAAACAGGUUGACAUGCUUGUUAUAUAAGGCAAAUAAAUGUAAAUAGUGUACACACAACUUUAAAAAUACAGGUACAACAUAUGUAAUGUCUGGCAAGUGUUCCCCAUGUUGCCUGAAUAGCUGUCACUCUGAAGCUGCAGACCAGAGUGCAGGCAGGCCCUUUUUUCCCUUUGGUUUGAAAAUUCAUGUCAAGCAUGUUGCAGAUGACUUUAGCUAGAGUGAUGAACUACUUUGCUAAGAUCAGCACAAAAGUUAAAAUCAAGACAUGCAUGCUAAAACCAUAAUGGAGAGAAGUUUGUGUAUAUAUAUAAAAAAAAAAAGUUAACUUUUUGGAAUUAACAAAUGCAGGACUAGUGUUACAGCCAACACUACUGACUCACCUUUUUAGGAUUACUUCAGACCUUGCUCUGGAAUGGCUCAUUUAUCUUAAGUCACUGUCCAGUUAAUAGCAGCUUCGAGCCUUUUUAAUUAGGAACUAAAUCAUAGCAGUCUUAUUUCAGUGGUAUAGGUACUGUGCCAAUUCUUAAACUUUAAUACCAAGCAGUUCACUGAAUGCAAAUUCUUUUAACUGUUGAAGUCAAUGCUAUCUGCCAUUUUUAAAUGAGCACUUUUAUAGAUUCAUAAAAAGACCAACAUAAUUUGAAAAAUAAAGAGGCAUACAAAAGGUAGUUUCGUAUCAAACAUUUAUUCCCAUGUAGUUGCAGUAGAAAUCCACUACACUUCCAGAUUUAAAUAAAUAACUUGUUAAGUCUGUGAACAUGACCAUGGCCCUGAACCCAAUCUCCAUAAUCCUAGCCCACCCUCACCCCCCCCCCCCCAAUCAACAGAACUCCUUUCAAACUGCCUGAGAAUAGCAGCAAGCCUCAGUACAGGCUGACAGUCUCCACCUCAGUGAAGAACAACAUCCCUCAUCCUCAAAAUGCUCAGAGUCUUUCAGGAAGUGUGUGGUUUUAAAUGUUGUCACCCCCUUCCCCGCCUCAUGUCUUCCCUCACAAUUGUCCAUCGUGUCCAACAAUAUGUACAUCCAAUCACCAGUCCAGAGAGGCAAGGACAAUCAGGAGGAACAGAACAAACCAAAAAACAACAACAAAAAAAAAAAAAA